AAAAAAAAAAAAAAAAAUUUACAAAAAAAAGACCACAGAGAACGAACGAGUUGACUGACUAUCUUCUUCUUAUUAUUAUUUUUCUCCCGUUGAAGGUUAGCUAGCUGGUUAUUUUUAUCUUUUUUCCAACUCUGCGCGGGCUGCUAUCCUCGUCCUUUGCCUCCUUCAUCAAUUCUAUACUCUCUUCUCUCAAUCUUUCACUCAUCUUCGCCUCUCCUGGUCAGAACACAUCGAGCAAACCCAAGGCUUAUGCCUUUUCGCUCUCCUCUCCCUCUUGGUCACGCACGAUGAGCUUCCUCCCACACCUGGGCGUAAAUGGAACCGACAACGUUCCUCUCACCAAUGGCAUAACUGCGCAUCCUACAGAAUGGGUUGUCCAGAAGUUUGGAGGAACAAGCGUGGGGAAGUUCGCUGUUGAUAUCGUGGAUCGUGUCAUAUACCCCAGUACCCUAACACAUAGAGUUGCUGUCGUGUGCUCAGCCAGAAGUAGUUCAUCCAAAGCAGACGGGACCACAAAUCGAUUACUUCGCUCUGCUCGAGAAGCGUCAGACAAUAUAAAAUCUACCCACUAUGUUGCCCUCGUCGACGCCGUCCGACAAGAACACGUCCAGGUCGCUAAGGACCUAGUACGAAACCCAGAAAUAAAGGAACAGUUGAUUAAUGCCAUUGAAGCCGAAUGCACCUACAUCUUCAAAAUCCUCGAAGCUGCCCAAACCCUCGGCGAAAUAACUGCUAAAUGUUUGGACAAGGUAAUAAGCACGGGAGAGAAGCUAAGCUGUCGAGUGAUGGUAGCUUUGCUGGAGGAUCACGGCGUCGAGUCGGAAUACGUUGAUCUAUCGGACGUGGUCAGUUUUGCGACAAGUUGCCAAUCACUCGACCAAGCGUUUUAUGAUCGACUAGCGGUUGCGCUGGCCGAAAAGAUAAAAGCAUGUGGGAAUAAGGUACCCGUGAUCACGGGCUAUUUUGGGCCGGUACCGGGAGGCUUGCUGGAGAAAAUCGGCCGAGGCUAUACAGACCUGUGUGCCGCGCUUGUCGCAGUCGGUAUCAACGCACAUGAGCUUCAGGUCUGGAAGGAAGUGGACGGGAUUUUCACAGCAGAUCCGCGCAAAGUACCCACAGCACGACUCCUGUCGGCCAUCACUCCCGCAGAAGCUGCAGAAUUGACGUUCUACGGCUCUGAGGUAAUCCACCCUUUUACCAUGGAGCAGGUCAUCCGAGCGCGGAUUCCCAUCCGGAUAAAGAAUGUCAUGAAACCCAAGGGCAAGGGCACGGUGAUUUUCCCAGAUCCCGCAGAGCUAGAUAAGACAACGGUGGGCCAUGACCCGAAGCUCUUCCGUACCCGGAGUUCUAGCGUCCUAUCACAGCAGCAGCAGGGUCCGAAACGACCAACUGCAGUAACAGCCAAACAUAAGAUUCUCGUCAUAAACGUUCACUCAAACAAACGGUCAUUAUCACAUGGGUUUUUCGCUGGCAUCUUCUCCGUGCUGGAUAAAUGGCGACUUUCCAUCGAUCUGAUCUCCACCAGCGAAGUGCACGUGUCUUUGGCGCUCCAUUCCGAACUACCCUUACUGAACGGCGUUGGUCAAGACGAGUACCAGAUUAUCGACGAGGAUCUUCGAGGCGCCAUCCAGGACCUCCGCCGAUACGGUACGGUGGACAUCAUUCCGCAGAUGGCGAUUCUAAGUCUCGUGGGACGGCAGAUGAAGAACAUGGUUGGCAUUGCGGGACGCAUGUUCUCCACACUAGGGGAGCACAAUGUUAAUAUUGAGAUGAUUUCACAAGGCGCAAGCGAGAUCAAUAUAUCCUGUGUAAUCGAAGAGAGAGACGCAGACCGUGCUAUCAACAUCCUCCACACAAACCUCUUUACCUUCCUCGAUUGAAACGAAACCUCGGAAAAAAGACACCCCAUAUACCUCCCCCCUUCUCCAACAAAGGGGGGUGACGACCGCCACCAGAGGCCUGUCCAACCUAACCUCCUGGGAUGUAUAACCUUUUUAUGAUACCUAUUUUCCCUUGAAACUUAUUUCCCAUUAUUUUAUAUCCCACCGGAAUUUCCUUUUUUUCCUUUUUCGUUUUUCCCAUUUCCGCAGCGAGGAGAUAUGCGGGGAACAUUUGCAUGCAUGACGAGACGAGCACUCCAACGUGAAAUAUUUUUUUUUCCAGAAAGGAACCUACAUGAUAUUUCGGCCCGCUCCGGUUCCAACAACCGGGUAUAGUGGGUCGAAGUAUUAAGAUCACUCGCACAUACACACACGGACGCGCGCACACCCACUACUUACAUUUAAACACACACUCCACACACGCAUACAGGCGCGCGCACGCGAUUAUAGAAUUCUAUUUUUUUCCUGUCUAUUUUUUUAUUUUUUUAUUUUUAUUUUUUAUUUUUAUUUUUAUUUUUAUUUUUAUUUUUUGGGAAGGGUGACGCAUGGGAUAUAUAAAAACCACGUCUGGCGUUUAUCUUUAAUUUCGUUUCAUUUCACUUUUUUUUUCAUUCCAUUUUCCCUUCACGGACAUAUAGCAUGGUAUGGCGAUUCAAAUUCUCGAUACAGCACAAUGGGAAGGAGUUUGAGAUAGCCGAAUUUGGGGGGCGAGGGGAGGGAGAGAGUGUCCCAUGUCCUAACCACGGCCGAAAAAAAACGAAACACGUCGACGCAACCGCGGCGCAGCUUUUUACAGCGAGCGAUGAUCCGGGUUGCGUCGCGGGGAAGCAAAGCGGGAGAGGGAGCGGAUUUGGAUUUGAUUGAUUGGAUUUAGGCUCGGUCACGUCGUGCGUUGCUUGACCCGAAAACUCGGGAAGAUUUUCCCACCGCCCGUCUGGGAUAAGGUUGCUCCUCGGGAUGGGACCCGGAUGGAUGGAAGGAACCGAGCCAAACUGGUCCAAAAGGAAAAAAAAGAAUUUUUUUUUUCCACCAUGCAUGCAGAGCUUCUUUCGGCUGUUGCCUUGGUCUCCCGAGGCUACAAGCUACCAAGGCGAGUCGGAAAGCAUGAGUAAAAGAAUAGGAAAAGGAAUUUCGCCAUCCAUGAGCGGGACAAGAAAGGAAAGAAAAAAGAAAAAGGGGACGAAAAAGGAGCCCGAGAGACCACCAAUGAACAUAGGCUAUGCUAUGUACAGUACACCCACCCACCUGCAGUUCUUGCAUCUCGGUGUAUCAUUUCUCUUCGUUUCUUAUUCUUUAUUCGCCUUGCUUGCUUCUAGCAGACCCGGACCAGAGAAAAGAAAAAGGCCAAGAUUUGUUUGCCAUGGUGAACAUGCACAAUCGUGCGCCACAAGGUGCAUGCAUGCAUGCAUACAUACAUACAUGCAUACAUGCUUCAUGUUUCCCGUUCGGGACGACGACACGAGCGAAAUUGUCCAAUAAUCUACAUUUUUUAUGUACUCCCCUUAUCACAUUUCUUCCUGGUUCUUGGAGAGAGGUCGAUAUGGAUAUGCAUGGGAUGGGACUGAACUUGGGAACUUACUAUCUAGGAUUUAAUGUAUCUAUUCCCCCCCCCCCCCCCCCCUUCCUUACAAAAUUUUAAUUUAUCUUGU